CUAAAACAUAGCCAAGUCACUUAUUCAUAACAACCACAACUCCACAAGAGAUGGAAGUAUGGUAUUUAUAUCGGUUUGAUCGGGUAAGGAUAUGAUCGACUUCUGAGGCCUGAGGGUAAUAAUAUACGUAGUAUAUCAUAAAACUAAACUAGCUAGUUCUACGUACGUAUAUCGAUCAUAAGAUGUGUAGGGCUCUGGAAACUAAAGAUCCGCCGUCAUCAAAAGCUCGUCCUAACGAUCUGACGAUUAACCUAGAAAGCAAAAGGACCUUCAUCUCCAAGGGGAUUCCGCUGCCGGGUUCUUUUGGGAAUGUUGUAGUGCGCCAAGAGAUACACGAGAACAUAGAAAAAACAUCAUCAGAAAGUGAUGCUUUUCGUGUGUUCAAGCAUUAUCGUGAAUUGACGCCGGCCCGGGCUGGGAUUGUGGAUGCGCAAAUCGACUCUUUCGUGGCCAUGCACCCCAUUGGCCGCGACGGCGACGGGGUGGUCGUCUACAAAGCAAUCUGGAUUCUUGGUUCGUUGACGGAGAGGAGGUGGAGCCACUCUGGGUUCCUCUCCGCGGUGAACUUCGUCGCGCUCAAGGUCGUGGGGGAUAACCCAGAAAUCGUGUCAAAUGUGAAGGGGGAGAUCAUUGGAAGACACAAUGAUUUUCGUCAUCCCAAUUCUCUGAGAGUGCUUACCCAUUUCAAGGACCCCCAGUCCAACAAAUACUGCGUCGUGAUCAGCCAAUUCCCGGAUCUCGGAUCCCUCCGCGCCAUAAUGUUGAACAGGUUCCCUACAGGGUUUCCAGAGGACCUCAUCCUCUCUUCCCUCAGAUCUGUUCUGAAUGCCCUGAAGCAGCUCCACAAGAAGCGCCGCACUGUGCACGGAGAUAUCAAUUCCGGACACGUUUACCUCUGCGGCACCCCCUCGCUGCGGCACACUUGGGGCAUAUGCUUGGGCUUCGCUGCCGCUCUCUAUGAAGACGCCGCCGCAUGCAACGGGUCCAGUUUCCUUCCGUGGGCCUCUAUGGCCCACUGGGCCGCUCCCCCAGAAGUGUACACGCAGAAGACGGACGUUUGGUUCGUGGGAAUCACCGCUCUUGAGUUAGCCUACGGCGGACUCAAUGUUACCAGCCGAGAUGCCUUUGACGCACUCAUCAAUCAUAUAAUUGUCCAUAGGACGCUCCCCACAUCCACUGCCACCCAUUGUCUUGUUCUUGAUGAGGGCGCUGCCACCGCCGCCGUGGUGCGAAAACGGCGUAAUGACGCCGCCAAGAAACUCAUGGCGAAACUGCUGCCUUUUCGCUCCUCGUCCCCUAAUGGUGGUAAGCCUAGUGGUGGGCGUCAUUCAGCAUUUUCUGAGGCGUUCACUGACAUGGUGAUCCAAUGCCUCUCUGGUGAUCCUAAAAAGAGGCCGCGUGUUCACGAGCUUUUGUGCCACCCAUUCUUCCAAAGAAGCGCAAAUCGCAACGACGGAGAGCACUUUUACGAUGCCGUGAUGAACACUACUCCUACCUCAUCACCUCCUAUUUCAUAACCAUAUUUGAUAUCAAGACCAGAUCGACCGCAGGAGAUUUGGAAAAGGAUUGGCAGCGGACGUCUCCUAAACGAUUGAGGAAGAUUAUCCCCUGGAAUAAAUUAAGGGCAAUCUUGGUAUUUAGUAAAAAAUAAGUCCUAUUUCCGUUUAAAAAAGUGAGCAGUCUUAUAUGGUGUAUUUAAGUAAAGUUAUGGUCUUAUUUAGGACCAUUUCUCAAAAAGAUAUGAAUCACAAUGGAAUCGUGGAAACCCCACCCCCUCCAUCGUCAAUUGAUGCAUAUCUUCUCUUAUUUUCCUCCCUUUUUUUGUCUAUUCCUAGGAAUUGAUUUUAGUGAUUCAAGAAUGUAUCCAUCGCAUUUGACUUGAGCUUUGCUAUGGAAUUUGUGGAACCCGUAAUGAAC